AUGUCUCAAGAUAGUGCUGAAGCUAACAAGAAGUCAGAGCAAUGGAAUAAUGCUUUGAAGAUUAUUGAGAACAAGGCUGUGGAUUCUCCAAUGGAAUCUCAAAAUCGCAGACAGAAAUUGUAUAUGUAUACGAUGGAAGAUGGCAGUAAAAUUUCAACUUUGGAUAGAGUUGUAAGUUCAGUACCGCCAAUUACGAAUAAGAAACUUUCUGAUGAUGAACUGUUCGAUAAGGUAACUGGUUUACCUAACCAUGAACUUCUAAGAGAUCAUUUUAAAAAAGAAGGGAGAUUAACCGAUGCUCAGGCAAUGAGAAUUAUUGAUAUGGCUGUUCAAUGUUUAUCUGCUGAACCAAAUCUAUUACAUGUCCCAGCACCUGUCACAGUUUGUGGUGAUAUCCAUGGUCAGUAUUAUGAUUUAUUGAAACUAUUCGAAGUUGGAGGUGAUCCAAAGGAUACCCCUUACUUAUUCCUAGGUGAUUAUGUCGAUCGUGGUUCCUUUUCUUUUGAAUGUUUGAUAUAUUUAUACUCUUUAAAAUUGAAUUUUAAUGAUCAUUUUUGGUUAUUAAGAGGUAACCACGAAUGUAAACAUUUAACCUCAUAUUUUACUUUUAAAAAUGAAUGUUUGCAUAAAUACAAUUUAGAAAUCUUUGAAGCUUGUUGUAAGUCUUUCAAUUGCUUACCGUUAGCUGCAUUGAUGAAUGAACAAUAUUUCUGUGUCCAUGGUGGUAUUUCUCCAGAAUUACAAACCCUUGAGGAUGUAAACAGAAUUAACAGAUUUAAAGAAAUUCCAUCGAGGGGUUUAAUGUGUGAUUUGCUAUGGGCUGAUCCAACUGAAGAUUACGAUGAUGACUCUCAGGAAAAUACUCAAGAUAUCUAUGUCCCUAAUAAAGUUAGAGGUUGCUCACAUGCUUUCACAUACAGAGCCUCAUGUGAGUUUUUGAAGAAAACAGGUUUACUUUCUAUCAUUAGGGCGCAUGAAGCUCAAGAUGCUGGUUACAGAAUGUAUAAAGCAACAAAGAGUCUCGGUUUCCCAAGUUUAUUAACUCUGUUCAGUGCACCAAACUAUUUGGAUACUUACAAAAAUAAAGCAGCAAUUCUAAAAUAUGAAAAUAACGUAAUGAAUAUACGUCAAUUCAAUAUGUCACCGCACCCAUAUUGGUUACCUGACUUUAUGGAUGUUUUUACCUGGUCAUUACCUUUUGUUGGUGAAAAAGUCACUGAAAUGCUUGUCUCCAUAUUAAAUAUCUGUACUGAAGAUGAAUUGGAAGGUGAUAUCUCCUCUGAAGAUAAACCUGAUUCCACUACUUCGGACGUAUCAGUUCAAGCCGCUAGACCUGUUGGAAAGACAGGAUCAGCAAUUUUAGAUGACGAACACAGAAGAAAAGCUCUAAAGAAUAAAAUUUUAGCAAUUGCAAAGGUUUCUAGAAUGUUCUCAGUUCUUAGAGAAGAGAGUGAUAAAGUUCAAUACUUAAAGACUAUGAAUGCAGGUGUUCUUCCUCGUGGUGCUCUUGCACAUGGUAGUGAAGGUUUAGAUGAAGCCUUAACCGCAUUUGAAAUGGCAAGAAAACAAGAUUUAAUUAAUGAAAAAUUACCACCAUCACUUGAAGAAUUACAAAAGGGUCAGGAUCAGAAAUAUGAGAAUAUUUUAAAAAAAGCGACUAACCAUAAAUAA